UAUAUCCUUGUUGAUAUCACUGCCCGUUCAUAUCAUGAAUGUGUGUAUCCUAAAAUAUCCAGGAAUGUUUCGGCUUUAAGGGGUUUUUAGCCGCCUCAUAACGCGGAUAUAUUACUAAAUACUACGCAAAGCGGGAAGCUGUCAUAACCACAUAUCAUAGCCUCUCCCUGGCGUGUUCCGACAUCUUACCGAAAAUAGACGAUACCUUGACGUACAGGAAGCUCCGCCCUAUUUACGACUUCAGCCGCGUCAGUAUAAAUGAAUGAAACCAUAGAUACGGAUCCAGAUAGGCGGGGUGCAUCUUCCAUCGCAUUGGCAAACGUAUGGGAGCCAAUCAUGGCUCGGAUAAUAUGUCUAUUUUCAUUCUCACAAACAUGGUUUGCUCCCAUCCACGUUCCGCUACUCGAUGGGAACGUGACUAGAACGACAACUGCCGAUGCCCGUAAUAUAUAAGGCAGGAACUGCGCUUGGCGGCUAAUGAGAGCAUGAAUACGUUAGCAAGUCUUACCGUCAAGGCAUACGAAGGUAUAUAAGGCGCCAUCUCGUUUGCUGGAGGGACUUAGGUAGCCUAAGUAUGCCCAUAGGCUAGGUAGUUUAAUCCCGCCAAGAAGAGACACGAUGGGUAUUAUUGCUCGACUUGCUACAGUGGCGGCCGUCCUCGCCGGUCAUGGUCUCACAGCUCCCACCUCUGCGGCCGCACAGUAUUGUGAUGCAUCGAGCGGUAUCUGCUAUUCUGAAGUUACUGUUGGUGUAGCCCCUAUUACUUGGCGGAUCGCCAUCCCCGCCGUAGGAGAAGGUCCUUUUGAUGUCCUCCUCCAAAUAGUUGCGCCGAAGAGAGUUGGCUGGGCGGGACUCGCUUGGGGCGGUGGGAUGCUAUACAAUCCCAUCUCGCUCGGGUGGGCGAAUGGAAAUACCACAGUUGGGUCUGGUCGUUUUGCGACUGCCCACGAACAACCCGACUUUUACGAGGCGGCGAAUCAUACCAUACUCAAAGGGUCGAGUGUGAAUGAGACUCACUGGACUCUAACUACGCUUUGCCAAGGAUGCAGUACGUGGGUCCACAACGGCGGCUCCAAGGAAACUCUUGACCCCGGCGCAACAGCUGCAAGCUUCGCGUUUGCCGCCUCGGCGACACCCCCGAUCGACGUUACGGACCCUGGAUCCCCUAUUGGUAUCCACUCUGAGCACGGUAUCUUCACCGUAGACCUAUCGGCCGCGAAGUCCGACCAGUUCGACGCGUGGGUUGCGAAGUUGCGUUGAAACUAUUCACUCAAGCUACUUUAGCGCGGUGUUGGCAGACUCAAUGUUGUGGGCAUGUACGAUAAAGCACACUGACGGUACAUCGAUGGAUAUAGUAGAUAUGUCCCAAGACAAUGUGAUGAUAAGGGCUUGUACAUACAUUCCUUUGGGCCGAGUUGAAGACUAGGAGUUGAUAUAUUCGAUCCUGUUAAAGAUAGAUGAAUGGCGAUAGCUUUUUCGUAUUAAAUAUCGGGUCUUUUCUGUAAUGACUUGGACUCAUAUUGAAAUUUUCAUAGCAUCCGAUAGCAGUAUGAUGCUUGAUGGAUUAAGAAAGGUAUGUGAUUCCGCAUGGUAUUAUAGGUCCUUUAAACUGAAAUAAUGUAUUAUCCCUUUAGUUGGCAUAAGACUACAGCUCCAGCAGGAUUAGUAACUGUACUUCCAGCAACCCCUGAGCUCCACUGGCACCCACAAAAGCUUACUUCUAGUU